CAAAAAGUAAUUAAAGCAAAAGGGGAGUGAGAUGGCAUCCACCAAGAACAAAUAAAUACGUACAUGAGAGCUAGAGUUGGGAACCCAGCCCCCAGAUCAGAUGGUAAACAUUCUGCGGAAGCACAUCAACCAUUAGCUCUUUCGAUGGCUUCUUCUUCUUCUUCUUCUUCAAAUCUGAAAAGGUAUUACCAUGUGUUCCUGAGCUUCAGAGGCCCGGAUGUCCGUGACAGCUUUCUCAGUCAUUUCUAUGCCGGUCUCGAUCAAAGAGGAAUACACACUUUUGUGGACAGCGAGGAGCUCAGGAAAGGAGAACAAAUAUCCCCGGCGCUUAUGAAAGCGAUCGAGGAAUCGCGCAUUGCGGUCAUCGUUUUCACCAAGAACUACGCUUCCUCGCCAUGGUGCUUGGAAGAGUUGGCCAGAAUUAUGGAGUGCAAGGAGCAAAGAGACCUUAAGGUCUUUCCCGUGUUUUACAAAGUUGAACCCAGAGAAGUGAGAACACCAAGAGGGAUUUAUAAAACAGCUAUGGCCGAACAUGAGUCAAAAUUUGAUUCGGAGAAAGUGAAGAGAUGGGAGAAGGCUCUCUUCGAUGCUGGUAGCUUGUCUGGGUGGGAAUUCCAUAAUGGAGAUGAGGCGGAGCUCAUACAACGCAUCGUAAAGGAACUAUCAAUUCAUCUACAACGUAAACACUUUCAUGUCGCUAAGUAUCCUAUCGGAAUAGAUUCUCGAGUUCAGCAAGUGAUAUCAUUGUCGGAAAAUGAGACAGGUGAUGAUGAUGUUCUCAUGGUAGGUAUAUGGGGUCAGGGAGGCAUAGGGAAAACAACAAUUGCUAAAGCCCUAUAUAAUUAUAUUGAGAAAGAUUUUCAGGGUACCUGUUUUUUGGAGCGAGUAAGAGAAACUUCGAACAAAAGCAAUUGUCUAGUUUCUUUGCAAGAAGCACUUCAUCACGAGAUCUUAUCUCAUAGAAACUUGACGGUGUAUAAUGUGGACAGAGGAAUUCAUUUGAUACGGGAAAGACUUUGUUCCAAGAAGGUUCUUCCGGUUCUUGAUGAUGUGGACCCAGUUGGAUCAACCGAAUGCAUUAGCUGGAGAAGGCCAUUGGUUUGGCCGAGGAAGUAGAAUUAUUGUUACAUCAAGGGAUAAAUAUUUGCUGACUUCUCAUGGCAUAAAUUGUGUUUAUGAAGUUAAAACUUUAUGUGAUGAUGAAGCACGAGACCUUUUUGGUCGGCAUGCCUUCCGAAAUAGCAAGAAAUUU